UCGGUGGAACAGUGCCGUGUUGCACACCGGACUUGCUGCUCAGCAGGACCGGAGAAAGUUCCGUUCUGCGUGGGCAUUGUUUUGAACGAUGAACGUAAUCAUAUAAAGUCACAUAUUAACGUUGUGAUGGCCAUUUUAUUGAAACGAUUUGGUGGAAAACAACAAUAGAAUUCUGCCAAUAAGGGGGAUACGACUUCAUAUUUUAUUCCUUUCACAAUACUAUGUUUAAGAGGAUGUCUGAAUUUGGUCCAGAUUCCGGGGGACGAGUAAAGGGCGUCACCAUCGUGAAACCAAUAGUGUUUGGCAACGUUGCUCGAUAUUUCGGGAAGAAACGUGAAGAGGACGGGCACACUCAUCAAUGGACAGUAUACGUGAAACCCUACAGAAACGAGGACAUGUCCGCUUAUGUAAAGAAGAUACAGUUCAAACUCCACGAAAGCUAUGGAAACCCAUUAAGAGUUGUCACCAAGCCUCCAUAUGAGAUCACAGAGACGGGAUGGGGUGAAUUUGAGAUCAUUAUCAAGAUAUUCUUCAUUGAUCCUAAUGAGAGACCAGUUACGCUGUAUCACUUGCUGAAGCUGUUCCAGUCCGACUCCAGCGCCAUGCCCAAGAAGACUGUGGUGUCCGAGUUCUAUGAUGAAAUGAUCUUCCAGGACCCCACAGCCAUGAUGCAGCAGCUGCUCACCACCUCCAGGCAGCUGACGCUGGGCGCCUACAAGCACGAGACCGAGUUCGCAGAGCUGGAGGUGAAGACGCGGGAGAAGCUGGAUCUGGCCAAGAAGAAGAGCAGCCAGGAGAUCACGGAGCUGAAGGAGAGGCUGAAGGCCAGCCGGGAGACCAUCAACUUCCUGAAGAACGAGAUCCGCAAGCUGGAGGAGGAGGACCAGCUAAAGGACCACUGAUGCACUGCAUGCUGGGAAGGGACAUGAGAACCGGGAGGCUUCAGCUUGCAGUUUUCACGCAAGCCCCAUUUACAGUUUCUCAAUUCAUUAAAUACUGUUAGUGAUAUUCAUGGUAGGUAGUUAUUAGCUUCCAAUACUUUUUUACUUGUUGAAAAUGUGGUAGAAAAUGUGAGUUUAUUUUGUAAAACGGCAUCAAAAUCUAUUUAUUCACCAACAGCAAAUGCAGAGCUCAAGCCUGAACAACAGAUUGUGGUUAUUAUCAUAAAGUCCUGAGUCCUAUUCUCAUAACAUUGAGGACAAACCAAUUUGGCCUUGAAGUCCUGAGUGGGGUGUGCUCAUGUUUACUGUCUGGUGUUCAACAGGAACAUACUGUAGGACAUAGAUUUUGCUUAAAUUCCUCUUAAGAUGUAAAAGAUAUGAAUUGCCAUUAAAACUUUUUUUUUUUUUUUUUAAA